UUAUCUUCAUGCAAUACAUCCAGCAUCCCCGUAGCAAGACAAUGGAUAGAGGAAUACAACAUUGGCCCUCUCGCAGCGACGCAGCCAUUGAUCGACGUCUCCCAAGGCGUCCCGGGUAUUCCACCGCCUCCAUCCCUCCUAGCCGCCCUCGCCCACCAUGCCUCCUCCCCACUUUCGGCAAAAUACGGCCACAUACGAGGCGAGCGCUCGCUCCGUCGCUCCCUACUGGAGCGUAUGCAACGCACCUACGGUCCUGGAGCAGAUCUAAGAGUAGAAGAUCUAGCCAUCAGCGCUGGUGCGAACCUUGCGUUCGUGAGCGUCGUGAUGAGCGUCUGUGACCCAGGCGAGGAGGUGAUCAUCCCUGUGCCAUGGUACUUCAACCAGGAGCAAGUGCUGAUGAUGCGUGGCGUUCGACCCGUAGCAUUGCGUACGAGGCCCGAGGACGGGUUUGUUCCUCAAGCAAAGGAGGCAGAGAAGCUCGUCACUCAGCGUACUAAGGCUAUUGCGCUCGUGUCGCCCAACAACCCAACAGGUGCCAUCUAUCCACCUGCUCUGCUAGCGCGCUUCGCCCUCCUCUGUGCACGUCACAACAUCGCCCUGAUCCUGGACGAAACAUACCGAGACUUCUGCCCAUCUUCCCCACACGCCCUCUUCUCUCAGUCACUUGUACCCACUCUUUCCGAAUCCGACGCAUCCGAGCUCCGACAGGAAUUGACAAAAGAAGAGAUAGAGAUAGCAUCACGCUGGGACUGGCGGAAGAACCUUAUCAGCCUGUACAGCUUCUCGAAGAGCUACGCGGUGCCUGGGCAUCGGUUGGGCGCAGUCGUGUGCGGGGCGGAGCUGAUGCAGCAAGUUGAGAAGGUGCUGGAUUGUCUUCAGAUCUGUCCACCUCGCGCCAUCCAACUCGCUCUGGCAGAGCAAAUCCCGGUGCUUGAGCCAUUCGUACAAGAACAAGCCCACACCCUCGCACACCGACAUGCGGUGCUCAAGUCCUCUCUUCCUUCAUCAUGGAAACUCGCGGCCCAAGGCGGAUUCUUCGCCUACCUGCGGCACCCCUUCCCUUCCCACUCUUCAUACAGCGUCUCUCAGCGACUUGCGCUUGAGCUAGGAGUUGCCACUCUACCGGGGAGAUUCUUCCAGCCUGAGGAAGGGGCGGAGUUUUGGGGUAGCCGGGAGAGAGCAAGAGAAGAGGACAGAUGGGUGAGAGUUGGGGUGGCCAAUGUGGACGAGGACGGUGUGAGAGGGGUCGGAGAGAGGCUCGAGCGGGCGGUGAGCGAGUGGGGUUGGGAAGUGGAGAAGUAACUCUGUAAAGAGCACGUGGAAGUGGUAAAGCCGGAAGAAAGAAAGACAAGAGGAUGGAUGGUACGAAGGAUCUAGAUCUUGCAGAAUGGAAAUUAAACUAUCGUUACC